ACUCCCAAGACUUUAAGAGGCUUGAAAGGGCUUGAAAGGGCUUGAAAGGGCUUGAAAAGGCUUAAGAGGCUUGAAGGAGGAGGGGGUUAGAUGGGAUUAGAUGGGAUUAGAUGCAGGUGGCCAGUGGGCUCGGCCUUAAGUGUAAUAGCCCUGCCCUGGGUGUAUUCCGCACCUGCACCUACCUCUCUACCAGAGUUUACCUGUCUCCAUUUGAAGCUUCAAGGGUUCGUCGUUGCACUACUACAUAAUAUAGUACCCAUGUAUAUACUGGACUUAGUAGUACAUGCACAAAGUGUGGGGGUUCAUCCAUCCUUGUCCCUGCAAGAACUACAUGAGGUACCCUUGUUCUACCAUCCUGGUUUGGUGGUUUUGAGCAUGCAUUGCGCGUCGAAAGUACCAUCUACUUCAGCUGUACCAACUAAAAGCUGUACAGACUCUACAGAGUCUACAGACAUGGACCUGGUCAUCGCUUCAAUGUUCGUCUCAUUCAAUGUUGCAAACCCUUUCCCACAUCUGCAGGCCGUCCUACGCUAGUAGACAGAGCUCUUCCAUGUCGGAACUCGCUGACCGGUUCUGGAACCAUGGGGCCUGGGCCAGCAUUGAAGGUAUUGUAUUGUACAAUAACUACCCAACACUGGGUAGGUACUAGUUAGGUAGUAUUCCUUUUUUUCUAAACCGAGUCAGCAUAA